AUGCCUCCCAACCAAGGCCUAGUCCACCCCAAAGAAUACGACAUCAAGGACAGCAACGUCGAGCUCAUAGGGUCCGACAUGGACCACCGCGUCAAAUACAACUCGGCCGCCACGGAGCCAGCCUGGAAUGACGGCGCGGUAGGCACCAAGCCCGGCCUGCGCGUCUGGCGCAUCGAGCAGUUCCAGGUCGUGCCCUGGCCCGAGGACCAGUACGGCCGGUUCUACGACGGCGACAGCUUCAUCGUGCUGCACUCGUACAAGGCCGGCAAGGGCUCGGACAAGCUGGGCCACGACAUCUUCUUCUGGCUGGGCAACCACACGACGCACGACGAGGCCGGCACCGCCGCCUACAAGACGGUCGAGCUGGACGAGUUCCUGCACGGCGCCGCCACGCAGCAUCGCGAGGUCCAGAGCGCGCCGUCGGACGAGUUCCUGUCGCUGUUCCCGCGCCUCUCCAUCCGGUCGGGCGGCGCGCGCACCGGGUUUCGCCACGUCGAGCAGCCCGGGACCCCCCGGGAGCCCGUACGCACGCUGCUGCGCGUCUUCACGAACCCGUCUUCCUCCGUCGGCGGCAACGGCGUCGUGGUGCACGAGGUCGAGCCCGCCGUCGGCAGCCUGGACGACGGCGACGUCUUCGUCCUCGACGUCGGCGACAAGAUCUGGGUCUGGCAGGGCAGGCACUGCAGCCCCAUGGAGAAGGCCAGGGCCGCCCAGGUCGUGCACGACAUGACGCUCGCCAAGCACAUCGACGUCGAGGUCGUGGCCCAGAACGAGUCGCGAUCCCGCCGCGUCACAGACCUUCUCGGCGGCCGAGACGACGCGCCCCAAGGCGGCUUCAGGCAGCGCCGCCCGAUGACCGCGGCCGCGUCGAGACACGCGGCCGAAGCCGACGACGGCUCGAGAAAGUUGUUCCGUCUGAGCGAUGCCAGCGGCCAGCUGACCUUUGCGCUGGUCAAGGACGGCGGCCGCAUUUCACAAGGGGACCUCGACGGCGACGACGUAUACCUGCUCGACGACGGCGGCAAGGGCGUCUGGGUGUGGGAGGGCGCCGGUGCGAGCCGUCAAGAAAAGGCCAAGUGGCUGUCUGUUGCACAGGCGUACAUUCUCCAUCUCCAGCGUGGCAAUCCCGAUGCCGAGCAUCACCUGGUGCCUCUGGCAAAGGUGAAUCAGGGGAAUGAGAGCAGAGCUUUCCUAAGGGCCAUGGCGGCGUGUUAG